GACAGCUCCGUCGACACCCACUCCAUCCCUCCCAUCCCGCUGCUCCUUCCUCCUCGCCUUCGACCGCCAUUGACACCACCUGCAUUCCCACUUCCCGUUCUUGUUCCUGCAACCCGAAUGCGCUCUAAUUCUUCCUCAGCUCCAAUCCCAGAGUGAACAAUCCUGUUCUUGAGAUAGAGCUGGGCACCAUUCCGCUUCCGAUUCCUUAGCCAAACCCUGAGAAAAAACCUACGAAUCAUGUAGAGCACGCCACCUCCAGCAUCGGCCCAGAUCCAACCCAGAAAGAAAACCACAAAAAAAAAAUCAGUCACUUCCCUCCUAGCCAGUUAGUUUCAAAAGGCUGCAGGGCUGCAUAUCUAGUAGGCUGGACUCACCCGCACCGAGUCCUUAGCGGAAAAUCUAGAAAAGCCUCCGGAUCAUGUAAAUCUGCCCGCUUGCCACCCAGCCAAAAAAACCAACAAAAAAGAAAGUUGACAGAAGCUCCAAUCAUGCAUCGCUAGUCGUAGCCAUCAGUCGCGGUCCUGUGAUCCUGCUGGAGAUAAUCCGCCCGUCGCCGUAGCAUCAUCAUGCCAGCAAAAACCGUCAAAUCAUGUAGUUCGUGAGCCUCCUAUUUCCGUUCCACCGCCGCAUUCGAUCGUCUCCAAAAAAAGAGUGGGAGAAGAAGGGUUGGUGGUUUAGCAGAGUCCAGAGUGGUGUGAUGGAGGCGGCGGCUGGUGCUGGGGCUGGGGCGGAGACGCCGAACCCGUCGGCGCCGGCGACGCCGGGGACGCCGGCGCCGCUGUUCGCGGGGCCGCGGGUGGACUCGCUGUCGUACGAGCGCAAGUCGAUGCCGCGGUGCAGGUGCCUGCCGGUGGAGGCGUGGAUGUCGCCCAACGCCUGCGUCGUGGAGAUCCCCUCGCCGGACGUCUCGCUCCCCCGCAAGCUUGGCGCGGAGUUCGUGGGAACGUUCAUCCUCAUCUUCUUCGCGACGGCGGCGCCGAUCGUGAACCAGAAGUACGGCGGCGUGAUCUCGCCGUUCGGGAACGCGGCGUGCGCGGGCCUGGCGGUGACGACCAUCAUCCUGUCGACGGGCCACAUCUCCGGCGCGCACCUGAACCCGUCGCUGACCAUCGCCUUCGCGGCGUUCCGCCACUUCCCCUGGCUCCAGGUCCCGGCCUACGUGACCGUCCAAGUGCUGGGCUCCAUCUGCGCCGGGUUCGCGCUCAAGGGCGUCUUCCACCCGUUCCUCUCCGGCGGGGUCACCGUCCCCGACGUCGCCAUCUCCACCGCCCAGGCCCUCUUCACCGAGUUCAUCAUCACCUUCAACCUUCUCUUCGUCGUCACCGCCGUCGCCACCGACACCCGCGCGGUGGGCGAGCUCGCCGGUAUCGCGGUGGGAGCCGCUGUGACGCUCAACAUCCUCGUGGCCGGGCCGACGACGGGAGGGUCGAUGAACCCGGUGAGGACGCUGGGGCCGGCGGUCGCGGCGGGGAACUACAGGCAGCUGUGGAUAUACCUGGUGGCGCCGACGCUGGGCGCGGUGUGCGGCGCCGGCGUGUACAAGCUGGUCAAGCUCAGAGACGUCAACGGCGAGACGCCGCGCCCGCAGCGCAGCUUCCGACGCUGAUCGAUGUAUGCGCACGUACUCCACCCCGUGCAUUGUCCGGCUGGUUGCUGAUCUAUGCCACUAUCGAUCGAGCAGCGGCGGUGAGAUCUAUUACUACUAGUACGAUUUCCGUGUUUCCGUGCCACGGGCACACCGUGACUGCUAAAAUUUGUGCGUUCCGUGAUUGUAAUAAUGAAUUGACGCCGUUUUGCUAGAACUGCGUGGACUUGUGCUUUAUUUACUUUGAUUUGAUGCACAUUAUGCCGAUACGUCGGCUGUGGAGGCCACGCAUCUGCCGUGUGAAUGUACUGUUCUAUCCGUGUGUAUUCUAUUAAAAAAAACUGUUAUAUCCAUAUACAAUUAAUUCCUCGUUCA